AUGCAGAUAUUCUGUGGCACCGGCAGUGAAUUUGUAGCACCAGUCUGCCUGCCUCAAUACUCGAUAGGUAAUGACACGGCCGUGGAUUGCACCACUUAUCCAAAUUCAUGUCCACAUGGAAUGUGCAACAAAAACACCAACGAUACUUACUCAUGUAUAGCUCUCAAUUCUCUUGGUCUAGGACAAUCUUGUUCCAUUUCAGAGGAAAAUGGAAUAAAAACAUCCGUAUAUACUUCUGAAUCUGUAGUUUGCAUUGUCAAGGUUGGAGGUGAAUCAACACAGAGUGUAACCAGUUUACCAAUUCUUACAAAAUGGAUUUGGUUGUAUGAAUAG